CUGUUUGACUCAUAAGUCCACGGUGAUGCGAGAUUUACCUGAGGAGCAUUUUGUAAACAACAGACCACAUCAAAUAACGAAAUUGAUAAAGCAGCUACCUCAACCAUCAAAAAGUUGGCCCAAGCCACGAUGCCAGGAGAUUAGAUUGUGAGUGUCAAGAUGGUCUGAUGGACCGGCGCUUCUUCCUGACCUUUCUCAUCUGCUCCGCGUUGUGGAUCUUCUUCUGGGAAGUGCACUGGAAGAAAGGCAAAGAAGGCCAGAUUGAGGAAUGGCUCCAAGGACAUCGACUUUCUCAGUACAGACAUUUAUUUGAAGAUGUACAGACCUUGGAGGAGCUGAGUUUGAGUGUACUGAGUCGCCUGGAAGAGGUGGUGAAGGAACAGCAGAGCUGGAGGGAAAUUGCUGAGGCUCAUAUCCGGCUUCUCCAAGACUUUGCCUUCCAGGAGUGGCUUUGUUCCCAGAACCUGGAACACUUUUACCAUACGUUGAAGACUUUGGGUUAUAUGAAUCUGGAUGAUCUGUCGCAGUUCGACAGCCACCUGCACCUCUCCUUAGCCGCCUGGGGGUAUUACUACGAAGACUACAUCAAGCUGUCUACCGGCAUCAAGAUCCUGCAGAACUCCCGGAGGAGUCGCGACCAGGACUACGAGAUCCAGCUUGUGCAUAGUCUUGCUGAGAGGCGUCUGAAUGAGAAGUGGUCGAUUGCUGGAGCUCUCCUAUUUGGCUGUACUGUGGCGCUGUGCUUCUUGAUAAGGGACCUGAUGUUUUACGUGAUUGGUGGAAUUACUGUUUCCAUCAUUGCAUUUGUCUUCACCAUCAAGUUCCUCUGUGAGCUUGCAGCCAGAGUUGUUAGCUUCCUGCAAAAUGAGGAUCCAGGUCGACGCGGGGACCGCAGCAUCUACGACUACGUGCGGGGCAACUACCUGGACCCACGUUCCUGCAAGGUGUCCUGGGAUUGGAAGGAGCCACAAGAAGUGGGGCAGACGAUGAGCUUCAGAGUCCAACUCUUCUAUAAAAACGGCCAGCCUUUCCCGGCGCAUCGGCCCGUGGGGUUGAGAGUCAACAUCACCCACAUUGAACUGGCUCUGGAUAUCCCUGUUACACAGGAGGUCUUACAAGAACCGGAGUCCAAUGUGGUGAAAGUAACGUUCACCGUGCGCAAGGCCGGACGCUACGAGGUUGCUGUCAAGCUAGGUGGCCUCAAUGUGGCCUACAGCCCGUACUAUAAAAUCUUUCAGCCAGGUACAGUUGUUCCAUCCAAGACCAAGAUAGCCUACCAUUUCUCCACUCUGGUGCUAACACACAGCCAGCAGCACACUCUGCAAAUUGAGCCCAGGGACGAAUACGGCAACCCCACCAGUAACUCUACAUCGCUGACAGAUGAAGCAAACUACAGCGUCCAAGUACACUCUCUGGGCACAGUGGACGAUGACAGCAUGGAGGGCCACUACAGUAAGACGGUGUCCCUCAACAAGCAGCAGUGUCAGGUUCUGAUGAGACUGACCCUGUGGAAGACCGGCUGUUUCAGAGCCCGCAUCUCCUAUCAGGAUCAGCCGCUCAGCAACGGGGAGUUUGACAUUAUUGUUCUCAAUGAGAAUGAGAAGACCUACGUGGAGAAAAAUGUGUCCACGCCAGGCAUCAGCAUCUAUUUCGAGGCGUACCUCUACAGCAGCGGCAACUACAGCAGCUGCUCGUGGCAACUACCGGCCUCCUCUCUGCUGGCUCCCCAGAGGAGGCCGUCCACGGCGGAUGAGGAGGACGAGCACGACUCUCCUGUGGAGGGGCAACCUGAGAAGGUCAAGAAACCAAAAAAGGUCUACUGUUACAUAUCGCCAAAGCAACUGUCUGUGAAGGAGUUCUACCUGAAAAUUAUUCCAUGGCGCCUUUUCACCUUUCGAGUAUGUCCCGGAACAAAGUUUAGCUAUCACGGCCCAGACCCGGUUCACAAGUACCUCACCCUCGUGGUGGAUGACGGGAUCCAGCCGCCGGUGGAGCUCAGCUGCAAAGAGAGAAACAUCAUGGCCGCCACCUUCAUCCGCUUUCUACACAAAAACAUCGGCGGCUCCGAGACCUUCCAGGACAAGGUGAACUUCUUUCAACGUGAACUCAGGCACAUCCACUCCAAGAGACCUCGCACCAAGACUUGCCUAAAAAUCACCCGCCACUCGAUUCUCGAUUCAUCCCUAAAGGCAACACGGAACUUCUCGGUGUCCGACUGGAAUAAGAACUUUGAGGUGGUUUUUCAGGACGAGGAAGCUCUGGACUGGGGGGGUCCUCGCCGGGAAUGGUUUGAGCUAAUAUGCAAGACCCUUUUUGACACCUCCAACUACUUAUUCACUCGCUUCAGUGAUAACAACCAGGGCCUGGUGCACCCAAAUGCCGAGCGACCGCCACACUUGCGACUGAAGAUGUACGAGUUCGCCGGCCGCGUCGUCGGCAAGUGCCUGUACGAGUCCGCGCUGGGCGGGGCUUACAAACAGCUCGUUCGAGCUCGCUUCACGCGCUCCUUCCUGGCUCAAAUCAUUGGCCUCAGAAUGAAUUACAAGUACUUUGAGACGGACGACCAGGAAUUCUACAAGACCAAAGUGUGCUUCAUCCUGAAUAACGACGUGAGCGAAAUGGACCUGGUGUUUGCUGAGGAGAAGUACAGCAAAUCGGGACAGCUGGAAAAGGUGGUGGAGCUGAUCUCAGGGGGGGCCCACAUUGCCGUUACCAAUGAAAACAAGAUGCAUUAUCUCAACCUGCUGGCCCAGUACAGGCUGGCCAGUCAGGUGAGAGACGAGGUGGAACACUUCCUGAAAGGUUUGAACGAACUGGUUCCAGAAAAUCUGCUAGCCAUAUUUGAUGAGAACGAGUUGGAGCUGCUGAUGUGUGGCACCGGCGAUAUAAACGUGCAGGACUUCAAGGCCCACGCUGUGAUCGUCGGGGGAUCGUGGCAUUUUCGGGAGAAGGUGAUGAAGUGGUUCUGGGCGGUGGUGUCCAGCUUCACUCAGGAGGAGCUGGCUCGACUCCUGCAGUUCACCACCGGCUCCUCCCAGCUGCCUCCUGGGGGGUUCAACACGCUUUGCCCGUCCUUUCAGAUCAUCGCAGCCCCCACGCACAGCACCCUACCCACCGCACAUACUUGUUUCAACCAGUUGUGCCUCCCCACCUACGACUCGUACGAGGAGCUGCACAAGAUGCUGAAGCUGGCCAUCAGCGAGGGCAGCGAAGGCUUCGGCAUGCUCUGACGGCUGGCAACCGUACGCCAGCCCAGCAGGAGGAGCCAGCCACGCUUUUGGUGCCGCGUUCGUUCCCCUCGCAUUCAUCUGCUUCUGAUAGCAUCCCUGGUGGAGAAGAAUCACCCACGCUUCUUCUGAACUCUUAUUAGGAUGAGAAGGUGUCACGUGUGGAUUGACUGCGCUGGAAUCAUAUGAACUUACCAUGUAUGUAUAUAUAUAUAAGUACCAUUUUUUUUUUUUU